CUUAUCUGAACUGUCAGGCCAGGCACUGAUCUUUUGGAUUUUACUCCCAUCUGAGCUGAGACCCAUCAUCGAUCACAGCAUGACAAGCUACACAGAUAAAGGGGAGAAGCCUCUGAGAGGAAAAUUUGUGAAGUUUCAUCAUAUUACCUUCUGGGUUGGCAAUGCCAAGCAGGCAGCUUCAUACUAUUGUGAUAAGAUGGGCUUCCAGCCUCUGGCCUACAAGGGUUUGGAGACGGGCAGCAGGGAGGUGGUGUCUCACGCCAUCAGCCAGGAUAAGAUCAUCUUUGUGUUUCAAUCUCCGCUAAAUCCUGGAAAUGAAGAGAUGGGGGGACACUUGAUGAAGCACGGAGACGGGGUGAAAGACAUCGCUUUCCAAGUGGAGGACUGUGACUUCUUGGUCAAGACAGCCAGGGAGCGAGGAGCAGYGGUGGUCAGACCGCCCUGGGUGGAGCAGGACGGCCACGGGAGGGUCAAGUAUGCUGUGAUUCAGACGUACGGUGACACAACCCACACACUGGUUGAGUACCUGGAACCCUACAAAGGCCUCUUCCUGCCAGGCUACAAGGAGCCUCUGUUCAGGGACCCUCUGUUAGCCAAACUUCCUCCAGCAGGUCUGAACUUCCUCGAUCACAUUGUGGGAAACCAACCAGAUGACCAAAUGGUKCCAGUUUCAGACUGGUAUCAGAAGUGUCUGAUGUUCCACCGGUUCUGGUCCAUAGAUGACAAGCAGAUCCACACACAGUACAGCGCGCUGAGGUCCAUUGUGGUGACAAACUAUGAAGAGACCAUAAAGAUGCCCAUCAAUGAGCCGGCCAUGGGGAAGAAGAAGUCACAGAUCCAGGAAUAUGUGGACUAUAACGGGGGGGCGGGUGUUCAGCACAUUGCCCUCAACACAACAAACAUUAUUCAGUCUAUUAAAAACCUGCGUGAACGAGGGAUGGAGUUCCUGUCCGCUCCGGACACGUAUUAUGACACCCUGAGGGAGAAACUCAAGGAUGCCAAAAUCAAGGUGAAGGAAGACCUGCAAUGCCUACAG